AAGAAAAGAAAUGAAACUGUCAGCUUUGAGCCUUUUACAUGGUGGAGCUGGAGGGGGCGGAUUGCCGAAUUUGAAGAAAGUUCAAGUCUUUUAAACGAAAAUGGAUUCCUUUGAAACUCUUGGUUCUUCAACGAAGCUGUUUGAUACAACGGUGCAAAGCAGAAAGAACCCAAAUCUUUACUUUCCUCAAUUGGGUUUUAUUUAAUCUGGAUCAUGCAUACCUAUUCUGCGUAUGCAAAGCAUGAAAAAAGAAUCAGAAGACAUAAGCAAUAUGAUGGAUGACUUCUAUCGAGGAGCAGGAUCCUCAUUGUUGGAGGAACCAGAGUCCAGUAUGGUGUUCAUGGAUCUGCACAGACAGGAUGAAGAUCACAUCAGAAAGAUAAAGGAAUUUCAGGAUUAUUUUGACAUGGUGAAGAGGAUGGUUAAACCAGGUUGUUCACAAGAAGUGUUAAAGGUGGCGUUGAAUUCCAUAUCCUCGCUAGUAAGCAUACUUACCUACAUGUCCUCUCCAAAGCUCCAUUCCUCGCUUUGAACAAGAAUUAAUCCAACCCCAUCGUCUUGUUGUACACAAAGUAGGAAUCUGCCCGGCAAUUCCAUUAGAUGAAAAUGCAUGUUGCCGAUUUUCAUGUCUGUAUCUCCGUAUUAAACUUUAUGUUCCACCAUUUGUAGUCUCCCAGAGGUCUAGAUCAAGUUACAAUAAACUCUAUCCAAGAAGCAAAGAUAUUUUCAAAGAUGCUUAGCGUCAUCCAAGAACAUUGGUUGUCAGCACACAACAUUAUGCAUCACAAGCUGUCAGAGUUAUAGUUGAUUAUUGUUCAAUUAUCACCGAUUAUUGAAAUAAAUAGAGUAGUAACUUGUCUUGCUGUCUUCCUUGGAGCAACUUAUUCUCUCUUUUUGGUGAGGGGUAGGUAGAGGUGAGUUUUAAUAUUCAAAAUAUUCCUUUUAAUAAUGGUGCAAAUGAUAGUAACAGUUUUAAUUUCAAAUGGAUUAAGAUUAGAAAUUUUCUCAAAGAACCAAAUCUUUAGAUAAAGAUGAAAGGUACGUAAGUAGAAUUUUUUUUUUUUUGGAGUGCCAGAAUAGGAUAUAUAGCACUAUCGUAUUACUCCAUCAAAUGUCCAAAAACUAAUCCAUUACUCCAGGACGAAGGGACUAGCUGGAAGUAUGAUUUACCAGGAACAGAGCAAAGGUUCUUUAGCCAAGAAGAAAAGGAAAACUGAAAAGAGGGGCCAUGAGUGCAAAAUUCGGAGGAAUGGGGGAUACCCAAGCAAAAGGGGGCCCGCAGCCCCCAACAUCCAGUUUUGGGGGCAUAUAAUCAGGCCACGGUCUAAAAAUGUGAGCCGAGUUUUCUCGGAUGUAGAGUUUUAGCUUUUGUAGCUUUUAGGACAUGCCCCUGGCUGACCUAACACAGAGGCCUAAGACUUAAACCAAACCAAACCAAAGCACAUGCCGGCUGCUGCAGAGUUGAGCUUCGGAUGUGUCAGUUUUCAUCCGGAAAAUACCCCACGAGUGUGCGCCCAUUUAUAUUGGCGACAUCCCAAAAUGGACAGCAGCCUCACAUGGGACACCGAUCGUUUUCAUUUCAUUUUUCCUCAAUGCUUCUUAAAGCUAAUGAGUAGAUAAGUAUCCUUUUUAUGUGUCCUUGUUUAGGGCCUUCCUCUCCCCCUUUCUCAAUGGUCCAGUUGUGCUUGUCGUCACAAUAAAGAAUAGACUCUAAAGCAUCUUCUCUUUUACCCUUACCCUAUAAAAGGACAAUACUGUAGCCCCCCUUCCCCAAAGUGUAUUUCCAUUUUUUCCACACCA